AAAGGAACGAAGGAGUCGUUGAGAAAACCGCAUAGUACAGGUUGGCGAGCGCAGAACACGAAGAGAUCCAGUGCAUCGAUGUUCGCUGUGCCUGUUUCGUUGUGCCUUUCAGCGUCUUGGCAUUUCAUUGAUUCGGCGUUGCUUCACAUGGUUGGAUGUCCCGCUGGCGUAUAGUCGCCCGCCUGCUGGUGCCCUGGUGGGAAAAUCAUGGCGACCAGAGCCCUUCGCAAGACGGCGGCUCAACCGCACAAAUCGCCAUAUCAGACCCCAUCUCGCUCGAGGAAUACAGAAGCAGAAACAUCAUACAGGCGAGAAGAAAGACUGCAAUGACAGGCGGAAAGGAAUGACGGCACUCAUUGCUUGCUUGUGAUUGUCGGAAUCCAUCUCCGUCUGUGUGGUGUUUGAUUGCGUGUGUGGGGGUCAGGCUGAUGCGGGUCUACUGGAUUUCUUCCGCACGCUGACCAAGGGCAAGGACAGGCUAGACCAGGACUCUAUCAGGGACGCAAUCGCUGAGGUCAGCCAACCAACCACUGAUGAAACAGCCAUCCUGGAGGUCUUGUGGCCAUGAGUGAUGCUUGUCUUCCUUUCGUUGGAUUGUCAUCAGAGGGGCAUCAGCGGCCCGCGAGCGACGCAGUGUGCCGCUGAGAUCCUGCGGAAAAGCGACCGUGACAGUAAGAAGGAAGCGCACACACCAGCACAGCACGGCAGCAGUGCAUUGCAUUGGAUUGGUCUGUGCUUCAUUCAGGUGACGGUGCGCUCAACUUCAAUGAGUUCACUGACUUUGUGUUCCGUCGGCGGCGGGCACUGCUGGAGCUCUUCGAGCAGGUCGACCGCGACAAAAACAACAGGUCAGUCAGUGUGUAUGAGUAGACAGACACAAUGAACGAACGGUCAGCAUGACAUCGAUUUGAUGGAUGGUAUGUGGUGUGUUGCACUGCAGGAUCGACUUGCACGAGGCUCGGAUCGGUCUCAGGAAGGCGGGGCUGUCGGAGCUCGACGCAUCGGACCUCUUCUCAUUCGGGCUGUACAGAGAUGAAAAGGAAUACGUACGUGAGCAAACGGAACAGAUCCAUGCGAUUCCGUGCCUUGCUGAUGUGUCGCUGCCGUGUGUCUGUGUGUCUGUGUGUCUGUCAGUCGAUUGCGUAUGCCGAGUGGGAGAGAUCGCUGCUGUUCCUGCCCAUCUCGAGAAGGUCAGUCAGCAAGGCUGGCUGACGCAUCGCAUCGAUGCGUCGAUGGGAUGGACAUGGCUCACGCAAUGCAAUCGUGCGUACUCUGGCUUUGCUCUGCUCUGCUCAGUCACACGCUUUUCGAGUCAUGGGAGCGGACAACAUUCAACAUCUUCGAGGAAGAAAAGGUAAGAAUACAACACACAAAACACAACACACUGACCCAACAUCCCUCUCCCUCUUAACACAUACCAUACCGCCCUCCCUGCGCGACUGUGUAUCUGUCUAUCUGUCUGUCUGUCUGUCCAUCUGUUUGUCUGUAGGAGGGUGUCCCUCCCUCUGUAUGCCCCCCUCCCACCCGGAGACCCCCUCGCUUGCUUGAGGCACCACCAGCAGCACCAACACCACCCACAGCCAUCCCCGGACCAGCACCAUCACCAGCACCCGCGUUGCGAGUGCCCCCUCCAGUGGCUCGUCCCCCUCCCUCUCCCCCUCCCCCAGUGCCCCCAGUGCCGCGUCCACCUCUCGUGUCGCCCCCCGUGUCGCCCCCCGUCCCGCCCCCAAUUGUCAGGGAAGAGUGGCGGCCGCCACCUCCACCACCAUGGAUGCGCUGGCAGGCGUGGGAAACCGGGCUGAGGGGGGCGCUGGCCAUACCUGGCUUCCUGCAUUUCGUUUCGGGGGGGGUCGCUGGUGAGCUGCCCGAAGACGGCAAGGCGUCAGAGUUCUCGAUCUGUUGGGCUUGUGGGUUUGUGUGUGUGCAGGGAUAUGUUCGCGGACAGCGACUGCGCCGCUGGAUCGCGUCAAGGUGCUGAUGCAGAUCACCCGGUCGCAGGGGCGUGUGGGCAUCGGUCCCACCUUCGUGAGGAUCUAUCGGGACGGCGGGCUCCUGGGCUUCUUCAGGGGCAACGGCACCAACUGCAUCAAAAUCGCACCCGAAUCAGCCGUCAAGUUCUUCGCGUAAGAAGCCUUAGCGACAGACAGACCGGGCACCCACAGCCACACGAGUGCCUCUGUAUGUCUGUUUGUUUCUUUAAAUGUCUCCUGUGCUGCUGCAGGUACGAUUUCUUCAAGCGGCAGAUUGUGAAGCUGCACCCAAGGAAUGCCCACGUAGCCAGUGAGAACAACGAGGUGCACAUGGACGACGCGUCCGACGAGGCGUCAGCCCUCGGCCUGGCGCACCAGAAGGCUGCGGCGCGCGAGAGCCUACAGGACGUCAAGAACCUCAGCAUGGUGGAGAAGUUCGUGGCGGGGGGCUCAGCCGGGUGAGUUUGACCCACACACACCACACAUCACACUUACAGGCAGACGGUUUUGCCUUCCUGCAAUGCAUGUGUCGUCCGUUCCUCGCUGCGUGUGUGACCCCCAGGGCUGUGGCUCAGUUUGCGAUAUACCCGAUGGAGGUGGUCAAGACGCGGCUGGCGGCGGCCGCUGCAGGUACCUACAAAGGCAUCGCCGACUGCCUGGCAGAGACGUACAGAAUCGAAGGUACGUUAGCUUUCCUUCUGUUAGUUGUGUCUGCUGAAGCAUCGGAUCCACUCAUCGAUGUGUCGUGCAGGCUACCGUGGGUUGUAUCGCGGGCUGACCCCCUCGCUCCUGGGCAUCGUGCCCUACGCCGGCAUCGACCUGGCCUGCUUCGAGACCCUCAAGAACCUCUGGUCCAGAAUGCACGGUAGGUCUGGUUAAACCAGACACCAAAGUCAGCGCACUGCACUUGUGCGGUGCGGGCGAUCGGUGUAUGGGUGUGUGUUCAAUGAUGCCAUGCAGCGUAUGAUUCCGAUGUCGAGCCUGGCGUGGAGGUGCUGCUGGCCUGCGGGGCGCUCUCCAGCAUGUUCGGGCAGCUUGUCUCAUACCCUAUCGGUAUGUCGUAAACGAUCCAAUCCACACACACCACCAGCAGCACGUCCGUCACACAACAACCUGCUGGUUUUGUUGUGUGUAUGUGGGGCGGGUGUGUGUCAGCAUUGACACGGACCCGUCUGCAGGCGGACGGAAUGCGGGGCACACAGCCGCGAUACACAUGUAAGAACCACUCGAUUGCAGCAUGCAAAGCGUGUUCAUAUCAUUGAUUAGCUGAGUGGCUACAUACGUGUGCAUGUCAUGUGUGUCACACAGCGAUGGUUGAUGUGAUCCAGAAGGUGGUGAGUGAGGAGGGCGUGUUGGCUUUGUGGCGCGGUAUCGGGCCAAACAUGAUGAAGGCCGUCCCUGCCGUCUCCAUCAGCUGGGCCGUCUAUGAACUCACCAAAAACAAACUCAGGUGCGGUGCCUACAAGCUGUUCGCGCAUCAUGAGAUCCGGUCAUAUGGCGGACGGGACGGCUGGUGUUGUGUUGUUGGUUUGCAGGCGGUAUGCCCUGGACGAGAGCUGACACGUGCGUGGCGGGAUGGAUGGAUGGGCGGCGAUUGUGGUCGUGUGUGGAGUUGUCGAGUGAGUGCGUCCACGAGUGUUUUUGAGUUGGGAUGGGCCGUGUGUGAGUUGUGUAGCUACCGUACGUGCGAAAGUGUCUGUGAGUAAGUGCGGUGCGCAGCGAUGUCUGUGAGCGUCUGUCUAUUUGUGUGUAUGUGAGAGCGGCUCCGUGCGUCAUCCAUCGUAUCCUGGACGUUUUGAGCCUUGAUUAAGUCAUCAUAUCAUGCGCUGCCUCCCCCCCUGUGGGUUCUAGCUAUCACGUCACCGCACCCGCAG